CUCAGUCUUCUUUUGUUGAUUUAACUCAGUCAAUGUGAUGAUUUUUUGUUUUUACCUCCGGACUCUAAACUUUCUACUGAGCAUCUGAACUGACUCUGAGUUGGGUCGGAGAUGGAGGUUUCUGCCUCUAGGUUCCUCAUCGACUCCCUGCUUUCCUUUAGGCCGCCUGGCGCGCUCUUCUCCCGGUCAGACUCUCCGGGACUCGGUCCGGACAGCGGCAGGUGCUCGGCGCCUCCUUCCACGCGGAGAGAGGUCGUUUCCCGGUUAGAUUCUCCCCUGCUGCCCGCUAAGCUGCAGCUCCGUUCCGCUGGCUCGUCUUUUCUGAUCCGGGACAUUUUAGCAGACUGUGUUUACUCUGACCCGGGACAGAAUGGAGAGGAAGCCGAGCUGUUCCAGUCCGGAGCGGAUGAAGACAGAAGCGCGAGCUGCUCUUCUUCAGACAGUGAGUCCAGAGUGCAGGCAGCAGCUCGUCAGAAGAAGCCUCGUAAAGCUCGAACAGCAUUCAGUGACCAGCAGCUGUCCAGGCUGGAGACAAGCUUCCAGAGACAGAAGUACCUGAGUGUCCAGGAGCGGAUGGAGCUGGCCACGUCUCUGCAGCUCAGUGACAUUCAGGUCAAGACUUGGUACCAGAACAGGAGGACCAAAUGGAAGCGACAGUCGACUGCAGGUCUGGAGCUGCUGGCUGAAGCCAGCAGGAUGUUCUUGCCCACACACUACCUGUACCCUCCUGCCACACCUUCAGUGGACCUAUACCUGUACAGAGGCCACAACCACCAUCGCCACCACACGACCCUGCCCCUGCUACCCCACAGUGAUUUACGUCCACGCUGA